AAUUAUUAUAUAAUUUUUCAUUCUUCAAAUAUGAACAAAAAAAAACUAUUUAACGAAACUAAUCAUAAGCAAAAAAUUGUUGAUAAACAUUGUAGUAAAAUAAAUUUAAAAUCAAAAUCAAUGCAUGCUGUUGAAUGUGCAGAAAAAGCAAUUCAACAUGAUAAUGUUUCAAAUAAAACUGAAGAAAAAGAUUGUAAGCCCUUAUUAACAAUUCCAAAAACAAAAUUUACAACUAAAAAUAAAUCAAGUGAAUCUUGUUCAAUUUCAUCGUCAAGAUUAAAAAGUUUUCCGGCAGAAGAAAUCAGACGAAUACAAUAUUCUCCAAAUCCAAAAAAUAUUGAUUCUUCUAAUCAUCAACAGAUCGCUGGUCAAGGUGAUGGUUUUCUUCAAUCUCUGUAUUCUAAAUCAUCAAAGUUAUCUGAUAUUAAUUUAAAAUUAAACCAGCAAUAUUUGCCACAUUCUGAAACUUCAGCUUCAGAUUAUUUUAAAAAAUCUAAUGGACAAACACAUAGACCUUUUGUACCUAUUCCCCGAGUUAUAAACGGUCAAGAACCUCAUUUUAUUGUUACUGAUCAAAAAGAUAAUUUUCCAAAUUCUAAUCACAGCAUUCAAAAGACAGAAAUUAUUUUAAAUAAUAAUAAACAUAAUCCUCAAAUUUUGGAAAAUUCUAUUAACGAUUUUAAUAAAGUUAAGUAUGAACACCAACUGGAUGGAGGUCAAAAUGUUAUAUUUCAUCAGCAUACGAAUGCGCAAAAUCACAUUGAAUCUUUACCGCAAAAUAAGAUUUCACCAGUACUUUAUGAACAAAAUUUAAUUAAUGAAAAUCCAGCUCAAAUUACUGUACACAAUAAUUUUGAACCUGAACACUUUCAAACAGUUAAUUACAACCCUUAUAAUCAACUACAAACUUCUGUUUAUGGAAUGACUUCACCUCAAGACUUGAUGAUCAGUAGAUUAAAAAUAAAUCAAAACACUUUUGCUGAAAAAUCUCGACAAUUUUCACAGUAUAAUUCUUCUAAUAUAAAUUGUUCUACUGGCUUAGAAAAUAAUCCAGAUGAAAAAAAUUUAAAAAAAAGUUUAGUUACUCAACAUCAAUUCGAAUCUCAAUAUCAUGAAUAUCCUCCACGGCGUUUAUUUAAAACUCAAGAAAAAGAAAUUAAAAAAAAACCAAUUCAAUUUACUCCUGCAAUGAAACAUGAUCAAGAAUUAUUAAUAUCAAAAUUAAGGCAACAGGGGAUAAGUGAAGAAAUAAUAAAACGUCAGUUUGAUGCUUUAUUAAUUGAACAAAAAAGACAAUUAGAUUAUCUUGAAAAAUUAGAACAGUCUGAAGAAAUUAUUGAUAAAAAUAAUAAAAAUCCUACGCGAAGAAAGAUAUCAAGAAAUAAUGAAGAUGGGAAACCAGAAUGGAUGGCACAUAUUACUCCGCCUAGAAUGACUUACGCGACUGUUGAAAAAUUAAAUCAAAAAGAAAUGAUACAAUAUUGGCAAGCAAAUGAUAGGCAAAAUGGAAUGUAUGUAAAUUAUCGUAAUGGUUACCAGCCUUGGCAAAAGAAGAUUAUUGAUGCUGGAGGACAACAAUGUAAUUGUUGUCAUGGUAAAGCAUUUCAAUGUCAGCAGUAUGCCAUACAACAGCAACAACAAAAUAAUUAUAUUAAUCCGGAAAAUUUUCCAGUUCCAUAUCCAAAACAAAAUCAAGAAAUCAGUUCCUUAGGGAAUGGUUACUUUAUAUUAUACGAUCCUAGUUAUCAUUAUCAAAAUAAUCAGGAAUCAACUAUUACUUGUAAAACUACUCAUCAUUCUUAUCCGCAUGAUUACUAUAAACAGAAUAAUAUGAAAAAUCAAGAAAACUCAACAAACAAUCGAACUAUGAUGCCAAAUAAUAAAUCAGUUAUAGAGCAAUCUAAUUUAGUAAAAUUUGGUCCUUGCGGAACUGUGAAUGGGAAACCUAAAAAAAACAAUGGUCUUCAGGAUUUGGAAACUGUUAAAGAAGCAAUGGAUCAAUUGAAAAAUUGGGAAAACCAUAAAGGAUUAGAGUAUCUUGAAAAUUUAAAUAAAAAGGAAAGAAAAUUAAAACUAAACGGUGUACAAGAUCCUGAUGAUGAUCUUAUGAUAAAUUAUCCUUUUCGUAAACCACCUGAGCAAUUAGAAAAAAUUAAUAAUAACGUAUCAGCGAAUGGAUUAGAAAACCAAAGAAACUCAAAUAAUCCACUGCCGCCUCCUAUUUUUCGUACGAAAAAUUUUGGUAGAUUUUAUACAGAGUAUCCGCAAAGAAAAUUAAAUUCAUAA